AUUUUCUUUGUACUGCAUAAGAAGAAUGAGCAUAUUUCACUGCUGCAUGUCAUCCACCACGGCUGUAUGCCCAUGAGUGUCUGGUUCGGCGUCAAGUUCACUGCAGGUGGACACAGCACUUUCUUUGGUCUUGUCAACACCUUCGUGCAUAUUGUGAUGUACGUCUACUACAUGUUGUCUGCCAUGGGACCCAAAUACCGCCGUUUCAUUUGGUGGAAGAAGUACCUUACCAACUUCCAGAUGAUCCAGUUUGUCCUGAUCUUUAGUCAUGCAUUCCAGCUCGCCUUCACUGAAUGUCAUUACCCACGUGCCUUCAUGUGGUGGAUUGGAGGUCAUGCAGUCAUGUUCUUCUUCUUGUUUUCGGAGUUCUACAUCAAGGCUUAUCUUCGUAGCACUAAGAAGUUCUAUGGAAAUGGGACGACACAUCUCCCCAAGGCAAAUGGAAGUCUUACUAAUGGACAUAUCAAACAUGCCAAUGGUCAUGCAAAUGGCAAAGCAAAUGGCGUAGCAAAUGGAUAUAGCAAUGGCCAUGCAAAUGGCCAUGCCAACGGACACCUCCGCUCCAAUGGAGCUGCAACAAAGGACUCUAAUGGCCACAUUCCUCAAACUGAGGAAUCUUUCAGUGUGCGAGCGCGGCAACUAGUGUGUAUGAGCGUAGAUACUAGCGUGGAGUAAGCUCAGUGUCCUAUACUACCUCAUAACUUCAAAGUAAAUCAUAAUACUGCAUCCAGACCUCUCACAUAUGUAAGUGAGCAGUUACAUCCCAGACUGAGCCUGACAGCUAAACAGUGGUGCUGAGCUUGGCACAAAGAUGUAGCUCUUGGUAGUUGACAUGUCAGACAAUAUAAGCAUGAUCACAGAGCAGGGUCCUGCAGUUAACUUAUACCCAUGAAUUAUCAGGUCAUUUUCUUUCUCCAAGGUAAUGACGAAAACUCGCAGACCAAGACGAUAAACCAACUGCAUUAUUUUUAACCUUUUACUAAAUUAUUGUUUUCCCUAGUUGAGGAUUACUUCCAAAUACGGCACUCUGUAUAGGAGUGAACACUGACAAUUUUACUAACUAGUGCAAUUGAUAGAACUAUCAUCCAUUGGUUUAUUAUUUUGGUUCUUGUUUUGUGGACAAAGGUGCUCAUGGGGAGAAUUUGAGCUCUCAUGACCUUGCAAAAUAUUACAAAGGAACUGGCCUUUCUGGAUGUUGCACAGAUUUGCACUGGAGUAUGGAAGCACUUUAAGUGUACAUUUUAUUCUAAAUGUCUUAGGUGUCAGAAAAGAAGGGUAUGGAAAAAAAAGUUGUGCUGAAUCAUUUCACUGCCAAGAAUGUCUGUAGACAAAAAAAGAAUAACAGGAAAUUUUCAUCCAUUUAGACCACAAAAAUGGACAAAGCAAUGAAAUUGCCACCAGUCUUGCCUUUGUAUAGAAAGAUAAUGAUACUGUCCUUUCAGUUUUUAACCUUGUCAGUAUAAUUUAUUUUAUUGUGGCAAUAAAUUUAUAAUAUACAUUCACUGUUUUUGUGAUGCAGUGAUGAGAACAGAGCAACUAAAGUUGUGAGAGAACCAGCAAGGACACUAGUACUACAUUCAUCUUUUCACAAAGCCAUUCACAGGCAUAUGGUGCCUUUUUCAUUACUGUAGGAAAAUACUUUACUAGAAGUAUGCAACUUUCAACAAUGGAACUGAUGUUCACAGUAUAUGAGAAGUAGUGUUUUCUUACUUAAAACUUAUUUUUGUAUGUAUUUUGGACAAAGUUCACAUAUCACUGAUAAAUGGUAGUGAAUAAAUUUGCAUUUGAAACUUAAAUUGUGCAAGAAAAAUAUUACUCAAUAACGAGUAAUGAUAUUUAAUGCUAUCGGUAAUCGUCAAAAGUAAAUAUUAACAACAUUUGAAGAGUAAAAACAAAAUGAUGGUUUAUUAGUUGUGCCUUACCAAACCUUCUACAGCAGAAACACAGUAGAAAGAAUGUAUUUAAGAAGUUAAAAAACACAAGUUGUUAAUUUUUUUUAAAGUUAUAGAUAGUAUGUACAUUAACUAUACCAUUCUUCAUGACUUAUGAGCUCUUUGUCCUGUGUGUGAGCUGUGUGUGUUGGCUGUAUGUGUUGCAGGAUUCCAGUUGACAGUGCAUGUUUGUUUAAUGUUUAUUCAAUACUUCAGAAGUCUGAAAACGUGUAAUGUGGUUAUGCAUAAUUUAUUCCAAAUGAUUAGUGUUUCUCAAAGAUGUUAUUCUAAAUGAACUUUCCUCUGUACUACUGUCCACUGUUAGCAAAUAAAUGUUGUAAAUUUGUGCUUAGGUAAAAAUUGUCAAUGCAACCACUGUUCUGUUUCCAGAGUAGUGUUUUAAAUUUUAGCUGACUUCUGUCUGGUUUUACUUUUAUUGUGAAUUUUUACUGAAAAAAGGAGAGCAUUGCUGUAUUUCCAUAGUUUACUCACUUGUCUUGUAUUUUUUUUUAAAUGCACACUGUAACGUCUCAAAGCUACAGACCAGCACUCAGUUACCAAAACAAUGAAGCUGUGUGGACUGACCACCACACACUAGUACUGGUGCCUUCCUCACCCUUCCCCACGACUCAUCCUUGAUACAUCCCUUUUUUGUGAAUUUUAUGAAAGUUUACAAAUUUGUGAUGUAUGCCAUGUUAUUUUUGAAUUCAAAAGUAAAAAAUUAACAAUUGUGGAAAAUUUCCAUAUCUACCAUUUCAUUGAGUUAUGUUUGGUGUAAUUUGGUAGAAAUAUUUUCUGCUUUAUUGUUCAUUUGAUGUCAUCUUCGUGCCAAAAUAAGGUGAAGAGUAGAUUGCACAAUACCAAAGCUGGUCAAGUGUCAUGGAGGAAGAAACGAGAAUGUGUUUUGUUGUUGUCUGCUGGUGGUCUGAGCUACUGUCAUGAAUCAACCUUCAGAUACCAAUGCUGAUUAAAAGCAUAUGUGAGGAUUAUUGAAGGUUCCUUUGUAUUAUGUCAAACAUGUUUUUUUUUGUAUAUUUUGUUUUUUAAGCCUUUUUUAAUAAGCAAAUAUUUUAACUGA